UUAAAAUCUAAGAGGACAAAUCGAGGAUAAGCUCUGCAAGGAUAAUUUUACCUCUUAGUGCGUAUGGUUAUGAAUUUGAACAGCAAUAAAGGCAGGUCCUUUAUUUCUAAGUAUGAUGGCAAAAGAAAAACUUUCCUCACAAUAUUUUGUUUAUGGUGGACUUUGUGUGGAGGAACUAAUGUACCCAUAGAAAUCGUUCUAACCUACACAACUGAUGCUUCAACUACAACAACCAAUGUUCCAACAACCACAAUCCAUGCCUCAACAACUACAACAGGUGCUCCAAGCACCACAACAGUUGCUCCAACGAGUACAACUGUUGCCCCAACAACUACAACCGAUGCUCCAAUCACCACAACGGUUGCUCCAACCACCACAACCGCUGCUCCAACGACCACAACCACUGCACCAACCACCACAACCAUAGCUCCAACCACGACAACGGUUGCUUCAACCACCACAACCAUUAGUCCAACCACCACAACGGUUGCUCAAACCACCACAACCGCUGCUCAAACCACCACAACCGCUGCUAAAACAACCACAACAACAGUUGCUCCAACCACCACAACAGUUGCUCCAACCACCACAACAGUUGCUCCAACCACCACAACAGUUGCUCCAACCACCACAACAGUUGCUCCAACCACGACAACAGUUGCUCCAAUCACCACAACCGCUGCUCCAACCACCACAACCGCUGCUUCAACCACCACAACGGUUGCUCCAACCACCACAACGGUUGCUCCAACCACCACAACGGUUGCUCCAACGACCACAACAAUUCCUCCAACCACCACAACAGCUGCUCCAACCACCACAACCGUUCCUCCAACAACUACAACUGUUGCUCCAACCACCACAAGCGUUGCUCCAACCACCACAAGCGUUGCUCCAACCACCACAACCGCUGCUCCAACCACCACAACCACUGCUUCAACCACCACAACAAUUGCUCCAACCACCACAACAGUUGCUCCAACCACCACAACGGUUCCUUCAACCACCACAACGGUAGCUCCAACCACCCCAACGGUUCCUCCAAGCACUACAACGGUUGCUCCAACCACCACAACGGUUGCUCCAACCACCACAACGGUUGCUCCAACCACCACAACUGUUGGUCCAACUACCACAACAGUUGCUCCAACCACCACAACCGUUGCUCCAACCACUACAACGGUUGCUCCAACCACCACAACAGUUGCUCCAACCACCACAACUGUUGGUCCAACCACCACAACAGUUGCUCCAACCACCACAACAGUUGCUCCAACCACCACAACAGUUGCUCCAACCACCACAACCGUUGCUCCAACCACCACAACGGUUGCUCCAACAACCACAACGGUUGCUCAAACCAGCACAACCACUGCUCCAACCUCCACAACCACUGCUCCAACCACCACAACCGCUGCUCCAACCACCACAACAGUUGCUCCAACCACCACAACGGUUCCUCCAACCACCACAACGGUAGCUCCAACCACCACAACCGUUCCUCCAACCACUACAACAGUUGUUCCAACCACGACAACCUUUGCUCCAACCACCACAACCGUUGCUCCAACCACCACAACCGUUGCUCCAACCACCACAACCGCUGCUCCAACUACAACAACCGCUGCUCCAACCACCACAACCGCUGCUCCAACCACCACGACCGUUGCUCCAACCACCACAACGGUUGCUCCAACCACCACAACCGUUGCUCCAACCACCACAACGGUUGCUCCAACCACCACAACGGUUGCUCAAACCAGCACAACCGCUGCUCCAACCUCCACAACCGCUGUUCCAACCACCACAACCGCUGCUCCAACCACCACAACAGUUGCUCCAACCACCACAACAGUUGCUCCAACCACCACAACGGUUCCUCCAACCACCACAACGGUAGCUCCAACCACCACAACGGUUCCUCCAACCACCACAACAGUUGUUCCAACCACCACAACUGUUGCUCCAACCACCACAACCGUUGCUCCAACCACCACAACCGUUGCUCCAACCACCACAACGGUUGCUCAAACCACCACAACGGUUCCUCCAACCACUACAACAGUUGCUCCAACCACCACAAGCGUUGCUCCAACCACCACAACCGCUGCUCCAACCACCACAACCGCUGCUCCAACCACCACAACCACUGCUCCAACAUCCACAACAGUUGCUCCAACCACCACAACAGUUGCUCCAACCACCACAAUGGUUCCUUCAACUACCACAACGGUAGCUCCAACCACCACAACGGUUGCUCAAACCAGCACAACCGCUGCUCCAACCUCCACAACCACUGCUCCAACCACCACAACCGCUGCUCCAACCACCACAACAGUUGCUCCAACCACCACAACGGUUCCUCCAACCACCACAACGGUAGCUCCAACCACCACAACGGUUCCUCCAACCACCACAACAGUUGUUCCAACCACCACAACUGUUGCUCCAACCACCACAACCGUUGCUCCAACCACCACAACGGUUGCUCCAACCACCACAACGGUUGCUCAAACCACCACAACGGUUCCUCCAACCACUACAACAGUUGCUCCAACCACCACAAGCGUUGCUCCAACCACCACAACCGCUGCUCCAACCACCACAACCGCUGCUCCAACCACCACAACCACUACUCCAACAUCCACAACAGUUGCUCCAACCACCACAACAGUUGCUCCAACCACCACAAUGGUUCCUUCAACUACCACAACGGUAGCUCCAACCACCACAACGGUUCCUUCAACUACCACAACGGUAGCUCCAACCACCACAACGGUUCCUCCAACCACCACAACGGUUGCUCCAACCACCACAACCGUUGCUCCAACCACCACAACCGUUGGUCCAACCACCACAACCGUUGGUCCAACCACCACAACCGCUGCUCCAACCACCACAACCACUGCUCCAACCACCACAACCGCUGCUCCAACCACCACAACAGUUGCUCCAACCACCACAACGAUUCCUUCAACUACCACAACGUUAGCUCCAAAAACCACAACGGUUCCUCCAACCACCACAACGGUUGCUCCAACCACCACAACAGCUGCUCCAACCACCACAACGGUUGCUCAAACCACCACAACAGUUGUUCCAACCACCACAACGGUUGCUCCAACCACCACAACCAUUGCUCCAACCACCACAACCGUUGGUCCAACCACCACAACAGAUGCUCCAACCACCACAACCGCUGCUCCAACCACAACAACCGCUGCUCCAACCACCACAACUGCUGCUCCAACCACCACAACAGUUGCUCCAACCACCACAACAGUUGCUCCAACCACCACAACGAUUCCUUCAACUACCACAACGUUAGCUCCAACCACCACAACGGUUCUUCCAACCACAACAAUGGUUGCUCCAACCACCACAACAGUUGCUCCAACCACCACAACAGCUGCUCCAACCACCACAACAGUUGCUCCAACCACGACAACCGUUGCUCCAACCACCACAACGGUUGCUCCAACCACCACAACGGUUCCUCCAACCACCACAACCGCUGCUCCAACCACCACAACCGCUGCUCCAACCACCACAACCACUGCUCCAACCACCACAACAGUUGCUCCAACCACCACAACAGUUGCUACAACCACCACAACGGUUCCUUCAACUACCACAACCGCUGCUCCAACCACCACAACGGUUGCUCCAACCACCACAACAGUUGCUCCAACCACCACAACAGUUGCUCCAACCACCACAACGAUUCCUCCAACCACCACAACGGUAGAUCCAACAACCACAACGGUUCCUCAAACCACUACAACGGUUGCUCCGACCACCACAACAGUUGCUCCAACCACUACAACCGCUGCUCCAACCACCACAACCGCUGCUCCAACCACCACAACCGUUGCUCCAACCACAACAACUGCUGCUCCAACCACCACAACGGUUGCCCCAACCACCACAACGGUUGCUCCAACCACCACAACCGCUGCUCCAACCACCACAACUGCUGCUCCAACCACCACAACGGUUGCACCAACCACUACAACCGCUGCGCCGACCACCAAAACGGUUGCACCAACCACCACAACAGUUGCUCCAACCACCACAACGGUUGCUCCAAGCACCACAACGGUUCCUCCAACCACUACAACAGUUGGUCCAACCACCACAAGCAUUGCUCCAACCACCACAACCGCUGCUCCAACCACCACAACCGCUGCUUCAACCACCACAACCGCUGCUCCAACCACCACAACCACUGCUCCAACCACCACAACAGUUGCUCCAACCACCACAACAGUUGCUCCAACCACCACAACCGCUGCUCCAACCACCACAACGGUUGCUCCAACCACCACAACGGUUGCUCCAACCACCACAACCACUGCUCCAACCACCACAACGGUUGCACCAACCACCACAACUGCUGCUCCAACCACCACAACCGCUGCUCCAACCACCACAACCGUUGCUCGGACCACCACAACAGUUGCUCCAACCACCACAACAAUUCCUCCAACCACCACAACCGUUGCUCCAACCACCACAACGGUAGAUCCAACCACCACAACGGUUCCUCCAACCACCACAACAGUUGCUCCAACCACCACAACAGUUGCUCCAACCACCACAACCGCUGCUCCAACCACCACAACCGCUGCUCUAACCACCACAACCGCUGCUCCAACCACCACAACCACUGCUCCAACCACCACAACAGUUGCUCCAACCACCACAACGGUUCCUUCAACUACCACAACGGUAGCUCCAACCACCACAACGGUUCCUCCAACCACCACAACGGUUGCUCCAACCACCACAACCGUUGGUCCAACCACCACAACAGCUGCUCCAACCACCACAACCGCUGCUCCAACCACCACAACCGCUGUUCCAACCACCACAACGAUUCCUUCAACUACCACAACGUUAGCUCCAACAACCACAACGGUUCCUCCAACCACCACAACGGUUGCUCCAACCACCACAACAGCUGCUCCAACCGCCACAACGGUUGCUCCAACCACCACAACAGUUGCUCCAACCACCACAACCGUUGCUCCAACCACCACAACCGUUGGUCCAACCACCACAACCGCUGCUCCAUCCACAACAACCGCUGCUCCAACCACCACAACCGCUGCUCCAACCACCACAACAGUUGCUCCAACCACCACAACGAUUCCUUCAACUACCACAACGUUAGCUCCAACAACCACAACGGUUCUUCCAACCAUCACAACGGUUGCUCCAACCACCACAACAGUUCCUCCAACCACCACAACGGUUGCUCCAACCACCACAACAGUUGUUCCAACCACCACAACAGUUGAUGCAACCACCACAACAGCUGCUCCAACCACCACAACCGCUGGUCCAACCAACACAACCGCUGCUCCAACCACCACAACAGUUGCUCCAACCACCACAACAGUUGCUCCAACCACCACAACGAUUCCUUCAACUACCACAACGUUAGCUCCAACAACCACAACGGUUCCUCCAACCACCACAAUAGUUGCUCCAACCACCACAACAGCUGCUCCAACCACCACAACCGCUGCUCCAACCACCACAAACGCUGUUCAAACCACCACAACAGUUGCUCCAACCACCACAACAGUUGCUCCAACCACCACAACGAUUCCUCCAACCACCACAACGGUAGAUCCAACAACCACAACAGUUUCUCAAACCACUACAACGGUUGCUCCAACCACCACAACAGUUGCUCCAACCACUACAACCGCUGCUCCAACCACCACAACCGCUGCUCCAACCACGACAACCAUUGCUCCAACAACCACAACAGUUGCUCCAACCACCACAACGGUUCCUCCGACCACAAGAACCGCUGCUCCAACCACCACAACAGUAGCUCCAACCACCACAACGGUUCCUCCAACCACCACAACGGUUCCUCCAACCACCACAACGGUUGCUCCAACCACCACAACAGUUCCUCCAACCACCACAACAGUUGAUCCAACCACCACAACGGCUGCUCCAACCACCACAACCGCUGCUCCAACCACUACAACCGCUGCUCCAACCACCACAACCGCUGCUCCAACCACCACAACCGCUGCUCCAACCACCACAACAGUUGCUCCAACCACCAAAACAGUUGCUCCAACCACCACAACGAUUCCUUCAACUACCACAAUGUUAGCUCCAUCAACCACAACGGUUCCUCCAACCACCACAACAGUUGCUCCAACCACCACAACAGCUGCUCCAACCACCACAACCGCUGUUCCAACCACCACAACCGCUGCUCCAACCACCACAACAGUUGCUCCAACCACCACAACAGUUGCUCCAACCACCACAACGAUUCCUCCAACCACCACAACGGUAGAUCCAACAACCACAACGGUUCCUCAAACCACUACAACGGUUGCUCCAACCACCACAACAGUUGCUUCAACCACUGCAACCGCUGCUCCAACCACCACAACCGCUGCUCCAACCACGACAACCGUUGCUCCAACAACCACAACGGUUGCUCCAACCACCACAACGGUUCCUCCGACCACAACAACCGCUGUUCCAACCACCACAACGGUUGCUCCAACCACCACAAUGGUUGCUCCAACCACCACAACCGCUGCUCCAACCACCACAACUGCUGCUCCAACCACCACAACAGUUGCUCCAACCACCACAACGAUUCCUCCAACCACCACAACGGUAGAUCCAACAACCACAACGGUUCCUCAAACCACUACAACGGUUGCUCCAACCACCACAACAGUUGCUUCAACCACUGCAACCGCUGCUCCAACCACCACAACCGCUGCUCCAACCACGACAACCGUUGCUCCAACAACCACAACGGUUGCUCCAACCACCACAACGGUUCCUCCGACCACAACAACCGCUGUUCCAACCACCACAACGGUUGCUCCAACCACCACAAUGGUUGCUCCAACCACCACAACCGCUGCUCCAACCACCAUAACUGCUGCUCCAACCACCACAACGGUUGCACCAACCACCACAACCGCUGCUCCAACUACCACAACCACUGCUCCAACCACGACAACCGUUGCUCCAACCACCACAACAGUUUCUCCAACCACCACAACAAUUCCUCUAACCACCACAACGGUAGAUACAACCACCACAACGGUAGAUCCAACCACCACAACGGUUCCUCCAACCACUACAACGGUUGCUCCAACCACCACAACAGUUGCUCCAACCACCACAACCGCUGCUCCAACCACCACAACCGCUGCUCCAACCACCACAACGGUAGAUCCAACCACCACAACGGUUCCUCCAACCACUACAACGGUUGCUCCAACCACCACAACAGUUGCUCCAACCACCACAACCGCUGCUCCAACCACCACAACCGCUGCUCCAACCACCACAACCGUUGCUCCAACCACCACAACGGUUGCUCCAACCACAACAACGGUUGCUCCAACCACCACAACGGUUGCUCCAACCACCACAACGGUUGCUCCAACCACCACAACGGUUGCUCCAACCACCACAACCGCUGCUCCAACCACCACAACGGUUGCACCAACCACCACAACUGCUGCUCCAACCACCACAACCGCUGCUCCAACCACCACAACCCCUGCUCCAACCACCACAACGGUCGCUCCAACCACCACAAUCAUUGUUCCAACCACCACAACCAUUGUUCCAACCACCACAACAGUUGCUCCAACCACCACAACAGUUGCUCCAACCACCACAACAGUUGCUCCAACCACCACAACGGUUGCUCAAACCACCACAACGGAUCCUCCAACCAUUACAACAGUUGGUCCAACCACGACAAGCAUUGCUCCAACCACCACAAACGCUACUCCAACCACCACAACCGCUGCUUCAACCACCACAACGAUUCCUCCAACCACCACAACGGUAGAUCCAACCAACAUAAAGGUUCCUCCAGCCACUACAACCUCUGCUCCAACCACUACAACCGCUGCUGCAACCACCACAACCGUUGCUCCAACCACCACAACGGUUGUUCCAACCACCACAACCGCUGCUCCAACCGCCACAACGGUCACUCCAACCACCACAACCAUUGUUCCAACCACCACAACAGUAGCUCCAACCACCACAACAGUUCCUCCAACCACCACAACAGCUGCUCCAACCACCAAAACCGCUGCUCUAACCACCACAACCGCUGCUUCAACCACCACAACCGCUGCUCCAACCACCACAACCACUGCUCCAACCACCACAACAGUUGCUCCAACCACCACAACAGUUGCUCCAACCACCACAAUGGUUCCUUCAACUACCACAACGGUAGCUCCAACCACCACAACGGUUCCUCCAACCACCACAAUGGUUGCUCCAACCACCACAACAGUUGCUCCAACCACCACAACCGUUGGUCCAACCACCACAACAGCUGCUCCAACCACCACAACAGUUGCUCCAACCACCACAACCGCUGCUCCAACCACUACAACAGUUGCUCCAACCACCACAACGAUUCCUCCAACCACCACAACGGUUGCUCCAACCACCACAACAGUUGCUCCAACCACCACAACUGUUGGUCCAACCACCACAACCGCUGCUCCAACCACUACAACCGCUGCUCCAACCACCACAACCGCUGCUCCAACCACCACAACGGUCACUCCAACCUCCACAACCAUUGUUCCAACCACCACAACCGCUGCUCCAACCACUACAACCGCUGCUCCAACCACCACAACGAUUGCUCCAACCACCACAACAGUUGCUCCAACCACCACAACGGUUCCUUCAACCACCACAACGGUAGCUCCAACCACCACAACGGUUCCUCCAACCACCACAACGGUUGCUCCAACCACCACAACGGUUGCUCCAACCACCACAACGGUUGCUCCAACCACCACAACCGUUGCUCCAACCACCACAACUGCUGCUCCAACCACCACAACGGUUGCACCAACCACCACAACUGCUGCUCCAACCACCACGACCGCUGCUCCAACCACCACAACCCCUGCUCCAACCACCACAACGGUCGCUCCAACCACCACAACCAUUGUUCCAACCACCACAACCAUUGUUCCAACCACCACAACAGUUGCUCCAACCACCACAACAGUUGCUCCAACCACCACAACAGUUGCUCCAACCACCACAACGGUUGCUCAAACCACCACAACGGAUCCUCCAACCAUUACAACAGUUGGUCCAACCACGACAAGCAUUGCUCCAACCACCACAAACGCUACUCCAACCACCACAACCGCUGCUUCAACCACCACAACGAUUCCUCCAACCACCACAACGGUAGAUCCAACCAACAUAAAGGUUCCUCCAGCCACUACAACCUCUGCUCCAACCACUACAACCGCUGCUGCAACCACCACAACCGUUGCUCCAACCACCACAACGGUUGUUCCAACCACCACAACCGCUGCUCCAACCACCACAACGGUCACUCCAACCACCACAACCAUUGUUCCAACCACCACAACCUCUGCUUCAACCACCACAACCGCUGCUCCAACCACCACAACCGCUGCUCAAACCACCACAACAGUUGCUCUAACCACCACAACAGUUGCUCCAACCACCACAACGGUUCCUCCAACCACCACAACGGUUGCUCCAACCACCACAACAGCUGCUCCAACCACCACAACCGCUGCUCCAACCACCACAACCGCUGCUUCAACCACCACAACCGCUGCUCCAACCACCACAACCACUGCUCCAACCACCACAACAGUUGCUCCAACCACCACAACAGUUGCUCCAACCACCACAAUGGUUCCUUCAACUACCACAACGGUAGCUCCAACCACCACAACGGUAGCUCCAACCACCACAACGGUUCCUCCAACCACCACAAUGGUUGCUCCAACCACCACAACAGUUGCUCCAACCACCACAACUGUUGGUCCAACCACCACAACCGCUGCUCCAACCACUACAACCGCUGAUCCAACCACCACAACCGCUGCUCCAACCACCACAACGGUCACUCCAACCUCCACAACCAUUGUUCCAACCACCACAACCGCUGCUCCAACCACUAUAACCGCUGCUCCAACCACCACAACAAUUGCUCCAACCACCACAACAGUUGCUCCAACCACCACAACAGUUCCUUCAACCACCACAACGGUUCCUCCAACCACCACAACGGUAGCUCCAACCACCACAACGGUUCCUCCAACCACCACAACGGUUCCUCCAACCACCACAACGGUUGCUCCAACCACCACAACGGUUGCUCCAACCACCACAACGGUUGCUCCAACCACCACAACGGUUGCUCCAACCACCACAACCGCUGCUCCAACCACCACAACCGCUGCUUCAACCACCACAACCGCUGCUUCAACCACCACAACCGCUGCUUCAACCACCAGAACCGCUGCUCCAACCACCACAACCGCUGCUCAAACCACCACAACAGUUGCUCUAACCACCACAACAGUUGCUCCAACCACCACAACGGUUCCUCCAACCACCACAACGGUUGCUCAAACCAGCACAACCGUUGCUCCAACCACCGCAACGGUUGUUCCAACCACCACAACCGUUUCUCCAACCACCACAACCGUUGCUCCAACCACCACAACGGUUGCUCCAACCACCACAACGGUUCCUCCAACCACCACAACGGUUGCUCCAACAACCACAACAGUUUCUCCAACCACCACAACAGUUGGUCCAACCACCACAACCGUGGGUCCAACCACCACAACCGUUGGUCCAUCCACCACAACCGCUGCUCCAACCACUACAACCGCUGCUCCAACCACCACAACCGCUGCUCCAACCACCACAACGGUUCCUCCAACCACCACAACGGUUGCUCCAACCACCACAACCGUUGCUCCAACCACCGCAACCGUUUCUCCAACCACCACAACCGUUUCUCCAACCACCACAACCGUUGCUCCAACCACCACAACGGUUGCUCCAACCACCACAACCGUUGAAUCAACCACCACAACCAUUGCUCCCACCACCACAACCGUUGAUCCAACCACCACAACCGUUGCUCCAACCACCACAACCAUUCCUCCAACCACCACAACCGGUUCUCCAACCACCACAACCUUUGCUCCAACCACCACAACUGAUACCCCAACAACCAGAACAGUUGCUCCAACAACAAGCGAUGCUACAAAAACCUCAACCAAUACCCCAAUAACUACAAAAGUUACUUUAACCACCACAACAGUUGCUCCAACCACCUCAACUGAUGCCCCAACAACCACAACCAUUGCUCCAACCACCACAACCAUUCCUCCAACCACCACAACCGGUUCUUCAACCACCACAACCUUUGCUCCAACCACCACAACUGAUACCCCAACAACCAGAACAGUUGCUCCAACAACAAGCGAUGCUACAAAAACCUCAACCAAUACCCCAAUAACUACAAAAGUUACUUCAACCACCACAUCCGGUGCUCCAACCACCACAACCUUUGCUCAAACCACCACAACUGAUACCCCAACAACUAGAACAGUUGCUACAACAACAGCCGAUGCUACAAAAACCUCAACCACUACCCCAACAACUACAAAAGUUACUUUAACCACCACAACAGUUGCUCCAACCACCACAACCAUUGCUCCAACCAGCAAAAUUGUGGCUCCAACAACCACAACUGGAGCUCCAACCACCACAACUGGUGCUCCAACCACCACAACCUUUGCUCCAACCACCACAACUGAUACCCCAACAACCGGAACAGUUGCUCCAACAACAACCGAUGCUACACAAUUCUCAACCAAUGCUCCAACAACUACAAAAGUUACUUUAACCACCACAACAGUUGCUCCAACCACAACAACCAUUGCUCCAACCACCACAACCAUUCCUCCAACCACAACAACUGAUACCCCAACAACCAGAACAGUUGCUCCAACAACAACCGAUGCUACAAAAACCUCAACCAAUACCCCAACUACUUCAACAGUUACUUUAACUGUUGCUCCAACAACCACAACCAUUGCUCCAACCACCACAACCGAUGCUCCACCCACCACAAAUGUUGCUCCAACUACCACAACAGUUACUUCAUCCACCACAUCCAGUGCUCCAACCACCACAACCUUUGCUCCAACCACCACAACUGAUACGCCAACAACCAGAACAGUUGCUCCAACAACAACCGAUGCUACAAAAACCUCAACCACUACUCCAACAACUACAAAAGUUACUUCUACCACCACAACUGGAGCUCCAACCACCACAACCGGUGCUCCAACUACCACAACCGGUGCUCCAACCACCACAAUCUUUGCUCCAACCACCACAACUGAUACCCCAACAACCAGAACAGUUGCUCCAACAACAACCGAUGCUACACAAUCCUCAACCAAUACCCCAACAACUACAAAAGUUACUUUAACCACCACAACAGUUGCUCCAACCACAACAACCAUUGCUCCAACAACCACAACCAUUCCUCCAACCACCACAACCGGUUCUCCAACCACCACAACCUUUGCUCCAACCAUCACAACUAAUACCCCAACAACCAGAACAGUUGCUCCAACAACAACUGAUGCUACACAAUCCUCAACUAAUACCCCAACAACUACAAAAGUUACUUUAACCACCACAACAGUUGCUCCAACAACCACAACCAUUGCUCCAACCACCACAACCGAUGCUCCACCCACCACAAAUGUUGCUCCAACCACCACAACAGUUACUUCAACCACCACAUCCAGUGCUCCAUUCACCACAACCUUUGCUCCAACCACCACAACUGAUACCCCAACAACCAGAAUCACUGCUCCAACAACAACCGAUGCAACAAAAACCACUACCCCAACAACUACAAAAGUUACUUUAACCACCACAACAGUUGCUCCAACCACCACAACCAUUGCUCCAACCACCACAACCAUUGCUCCAACCACCACAAUUGUUGCUCCAACCACCACAACAGUUACUUCAACCACCACAACAGUUGCUCCAACCACCACAAUUGAUGCUCAAACAACCACAACCGUUGCUCCAACCACCACAACUGAUACCCCAACAACCACAACCGUUGCAACAUCAACAACAACCAAUGCUACAAAAACCUCAACCAAUACCCCAACAACUACAAAAGUUACUUUAUCCACCACAACAGUUGCUCCAACCACGACAACCAUUGCUCCAACCACCACAACAGUUAUUUCAACCACCACAACCGGAAUUCCAACCACCACAACCUUUGCUCCAACCACCACAACUGAUACCCCAACAUCCAGAACAGUUGCUCCCACAACCGAUGCUACAAAAACCUCAACCAAUACCCCAACAACUAAAAAUGUUACUUUAACCACCACAACAGUUGCUCCAACUACCACAACAGUUACUUCAACCACCACAACAGUUGUUCCAACCACCACAACUGAUGCUCCACCCACCACAAUUGUUGCUCCAACCACCACAACAGUUACUGCAACCACCACAACAGUUGCUCCAACCACCACAACCUUUGCUCCAACCACCACAACUGAUACCCCAACAACCAGAACCAUUGCUCCAACAACAACUGAUUCUACAAAAACCUCAACCAUUACACCAACAACUACAAAAGUUACUUUAUCCACCACAACAGUGGCUCCAACCACAACAACCGUUGCUCCAACCACCACAAUUGUUGCUCCAACCACCACAACAGUUACUUUAACCACCACAACCGGAGCUCCAACCACACCAAGCUUUGCUUCAACCAUAACAACUGAUACCCCAACAACCAGAACAGUUGCUCCAACAACCGAUGCUACAAAAACCUCAACCAAUACCCCAACAACUACAAAAGUUACUUUAACCACCACAACACUUGCUCCAACCACCACAAAAGUUACUCCAACCACCACAACAGUUACUUCAACCACCACAACAGUUGUUCCAACCACCACAACUGAUGCUCCACCCACAACAACUGUUGCUCCAACCACCACAAUAGUUACUGCAACCACCACAACAGGUGCUCCGACCACCACAACCUUUGCUCCAACCACCACAAUUGUUGCUCCAACCACCACAAUUGUUGCUCCAACCACCACAACUGUUGCUCCAACCACCACAAUAGUUACUGCAACCACCACAACAGUUGUUCCAACCACCACAACUGAUGCUCCACCCACAACAACUGUUGCUCCAACCACCACAAUAGUUACUGCAACCACCACAACAGUUGUUCCAACCACCACAACUGAUGCUCCACCCACAACAACUGUUGCUCCAACCACCACAAUAGUUACUGCAACCACCACAACAGGUGCUCCGACCACCACAACCUUUGCUCCAACCACCACAACUGAUACCCCAACAACCAUGACCAUUGCUCCAACAACAACCGAUGCUACAAAAACCUCAACCAAUACUCCAACAACUACAAAAGUUACUUUAUCCACCACAACAGUUGCUCCAACCUCCACAACCGUUGCUCCAACCACCACAACAGUUACUUCAACCACCACAACCGGUGCUCCAACCACCACAACUGAUACCCCAACAACCAGAACAGUUGCUUCAACAAACGAUGCUACAAAAACAUCAACUAAUACCCCAACAACUACAAAAGUUACUUUAACCACCACAACAGUUGCUCCAACCACCACAACCAUUGCUCCAAACACCACAACCAUUGCUCCAACCACCACAAUUGUUGCUCCAACCACCACAAUUGUUGCUCCAACCACCACAACUGUUGCACCUACCACCACAACCGUUGCUCCAACCACCACAACAGUUACUUCUACCACCACAACCUUUGCUCCAAUCACCACAACUGAUACCACAACAACCAGAACAGUUGCUCCAACAACAACUGAUGCUACAAAAACCUCAACCAAUACCCCAACUACUACAAAAGUUACUUUAACCACCACAACCAUUGCUCCAACCACCACAAAUGUUGCUCCAACCACCACAACAGUUACUUCAACCACCAAAUCCGGUGCUCCAACCACCACAAUCUUUGCUCCAACCACCACAACUGAUACCCCAACAACCAGAACCGUUGCUCCAACAACAACUGAUGCUACAAAAACGUCAACCACUACCCCAACAACUACAAAAGUUACUUUAACCACCACAACAGUUGCUUCGACCACCACAACCAUUGCUCCAACCACCACAACUGUUGCUCCAACAACCACAACAGUUACUUCAACCACCAAAACAGUUCCUUCAACCACCACAACCAUAUCUCCAACCACCACAACCAUUGCUCCAACCACCACAACCAUUGCUCCAACCACCAGAACUGACACGCCAACAACCAGAAUCGUUGGUCCAACAACAACCGAUGCUACAAAAACCUCAACCAAUACCCCAUCAACUACAAAAGUUACUUUAACCACCACAACAGUUGCUCCAACCACGACAACAAUUGCUCCAACCACCACAACAGUUGCUCAAUCCACCACAUUAUUUGCUUCAACCACAACAACUAUUGCCCCAACAACCACAUCUGAUGUUUUUACCACAACAACCCGUGCCUUGUCCACCACAACUAAUCCUCUGACAACCCAAUCUGAUGCUAUUACCACAACAACUCAUGCUUUGACAGCCACAACCAAUGUUCUGACAACAACAACAGUUGCUCCAACAAACACAACUGAUUCUCAAACUACAACAGUUGCUUUGACCACAACCACCACAAGUGAUGCUCUUACAACUGCAACUAAUGUUCCAAACACUGCAAUGUCAAAAACUACAACACCAGUUCAAACAACCACAACCAGGGAACCCUCUACAUCCCAACUCCCAAUUACCAUAGCUAUGCAGAACACAACAGCAAUACUUACAAAACCCACAACAGAUGUUCCAACAACUACGACAAUAGUUCCAAAUCCCACACACAUCUCAGCAACCACUUCAGCUACAACUACAACUCCAAAUACCCCAAGAACAUUAACAACAACACAUCAAACAUCCACUAAUUAUGUACCAGCUACCACAAGUAUAGCACAGACCACAUCACCAAUUGAAAUUACCACAGCUAAUGCUCAAACUAGCAGAACUUUGGCACUUACCACAACACCACUUCCAACAACUAUAGCUGAUUCUCAAAUAAUCAUAACUACUGCGUCACCAACAACAGUUGAAACAACCACCGUUAUUGCUCCAACAAUUGCAACUACAACAAAAACGUACAAAACCAUGACCCUGACAACUGCAACUGUCUCUCCAACAACCACAACCUUUGGUCAAACAACAACAACUAUCACUCCAAUACCUACAGUUACAGCACCAACCACAACAACACUUCUAACAAGCACAACAGUUACUCCAACAAGCACAACAACAUCAUCAACUGCAACCCGUACAACAACUGUUCCAGUAAGAACAACUUCAGCAAUUACCAAAACUAUUGGUACAGUUUCUACAUCUUCAACAACAACAACAAAUCCUGAAAAAACUACAACAGCUGUUUCAAGAAGUACAACUAUAGUCUCACGUCAAACAACCACAACUUUUGCUCCGAAAAGUACAACUGCCUCUGCAACAGACACACUUUCUGCAACAACUACAGUUACAGCAGCAACAGCAAAAACAACACGUCCAACAAACACAACUGUUCCUUUAACAAGCACAACACUAAUUCCAAAAAUUACAACUUCUGAUCAGGCAAGCACAACUGUCUUGGCAACAGGCACAACAUUUGGUCAAACCUCAAUAAUCAUUACUUCAUCAAAUACAGCUACAGCACCAACCACAACAAACACAACUGUUUCUCCAACAAGCACAACAACAUUUCCAACAAACACAAUUGUUGGUCUAGCCAGCACAUCUGUCACUGCAACAGGCACAACCUCUAGUCAAACAUCAACAAUUAUUACUUCAUCAACUACAGCUACAGCACAAACAACAACAAACACAACGGUUGCUCCAACAAGCACAACUUUUUCUGUAACAGACACAACCUUUAGUCAAACAUCAACAACUCUCGGUUCAUCAACUACAGCUACAGCACCAACCAUAACAACACUUCCAACAAAGACAACUGUUGCUUCAACCAACACAUCUGUCUCUGCAACAGGUACAACCUUUGGUGAAACAUCAACAACUCUCACUUCAUCCACUACAGCUACAGCACCAACCACAACAACACUUCCAACAAACACAACUGUUGCUUCAACUAGCACAACUGUUUCUGGAACUGGCACAACCUUUGGUGAAACAUCAACAACUCUCGCUUCAUCAGCUACAGCACCAACCACAACAACACUUCCAACAAACACAAAUGUUGCUUCAACCAACACAUCUGUCUCUGCAACAGGCACAACCUUUGGUGAAACAUCAACAACUCUCGCUUCAUCAACUACAGCUACAGCUCCAAGCAUAACAACAAUUCAAACAAACACAACUGUUGCUUCAACCAUCACAACUGUCUCUGCAACAGGCACAACCUUUGGACAAACAUCAACAACUCUUGCUUCAUCAACCACAGCUACAGCACCAACCACAACAAACGCAACUGUUGUUCCAUCCAGCACACCUGUCUCAGCAACAGGUACAACCUUUGAUCAAACAUCAACAAUUCUUGCUGCUUCAAGUACAUUGGCUGCUCCAAGCACAACAAACACAACUGUUGUUCCAUCCAGCACACCUGUCUCAGCAACAGGUACAACCUUUGAGCAAACAUCAACAACUCUUGCUUCAUCAUCUACAGCUACAGCACAAACCACAACAAACACAGCUGUUGCUCCAGCCAGCACAUCUGUCUCUGCAACAGGCACAACCUUUGGGCAAACAUCAGCACCUCUUGCUUCAUUAACUACAGCUACAGCACCAACCACAAGAGACACAACUUUUGCUCCAGUCAGCACAACUGUCUCUGCAACAGGCACAACCUUUGGUCAAACAUCAACAAUUCUAACUUCAUCAACUACAGCUACAGCACCAACCUCAACAAAGACAACUGUCGUUCGAGCCAGCACACCUGUCUCUGCAACAGGCACAAUCUUUGAUCAAACAUCAACAAUUCUUGUUGCUUCAAGUACAACUGCAACUUCAAGCACAACAAACACAACUGUUGCUCCAGCCAGCACACCUGUCUCAGCAACAGGUACAACCUUUGAUCAAACAUCAACAAUUCUUGCUGCUUCAAGUACAUUGGCUGCUCCAAGCACAACAAACACAACUGUUGUUCCAUCCAGCACACCUGUCUCAGCAACAGGUACAACCUUUGAGCAAACAUCAACAACUCUUGCUUCAUCAUCUACAGCUACAGCACAAACCACAACAAACACAGCUGUUGCUCCAGCCAGCACAUCUGUCUCUGCAACAGGCACAACCUUUGGGCAAACAUCAGCACCUCUUGCUUCAUUAACUACAGCUACAGCACCAACCACAAGAGACACAACUUUUGCUCCAGUCAGCACAACUGUCUCUGCAACAGGCACAACCUUUGGUCAAACAUCAACAAUUCUAACUUCAUCAACUACAGCUACAGCACCAACCUCAACAAAGACAACUGUCGUUCGAGCCAGCACACCUGUCUCUGCAACAGGCACAAUCUUUGAUCAAACAUCAACAAUUCUUGUUGCUUCAAGUACAACUGCAGUUUCAAGCACAAUAACACUUCCAACAAACAUUACUGUUGAUUCAACCAGCACAACUGUCUCUGCAACAGGCCCAACCUUUAGUCAAACAUCAACAAUUCUUGCAGCUUCAAGUACAACUGCAACUUCAAGCACAACAAACACAACUGUUGCUCCAGCCAGCACAACUGUCUCUGUAACAAGCACAACCUUUGGUCAAACAUCAACAAUUCUCACUUCAUCAAAUACAGCUACAGCACCAACCACAACAAACACAUCUGUUGCUCUAACAAGCACAACAACAAAUCCAAAAAACACAUCUGAUUCAACCAGCACAACUGUAUCAGCAACAGGCACAACUUUUAAUCAAACAUCAACCACUCUCGCUUCAUCAAUUACAGCACCAUCAACAACAAACACAACUGAUGCUCCAACAAGCACAACAACAAUUCCAAAAACCACAGCUGCUGUUACAAUAACUACACCUGUCUCUGUAACAGGCACAACUUUUGGUCAAACAUCAACAAUUCUCACUUCAUCAAAUACAGCUACAGCACCAACCACAACAAACACAUCUGUUGCUCUAACAAGCAAAACAACAAAUCCAAAAAACACAUCUGAUUCAACCAGCACAACUGUAUCAGCAACAGGCACAACUUUUGAUCAAACAUCAACCACUCUCGCUUUAUCAAUUACAGCACCAUCAACAACAAACACAACUGUUGCUCCAACAAGCACAACAACAAUUCCGAAAACCACAGCUGCUGUUACAAUAACUACACCUGUCUCUGCAACAGGCACAACCUUUGGUCAAACAUCAACAAUUCUCACUUCAUCAAAUACAGCACCAACCACAACAAACACAUCUGUUGCUCUAACAAGCACAACAGCAAAUCCAAAAAACACAUCUGAUUCAACCAGCACAACUGUAUCAGCAACAGGCACAACUUUUGGUCAAACAUCAACCACUCUUGCUUCACCAAUUACAGCACCAUCAACAACAAAGACAACUGUUGCUCCAACAAGCACAACAACAAUUCCAAAAAACACAGCUGCUGCUACAAUAACUACACCUGUCUCUGCAACAGGCACAACCUUUGGACAAACAUCAACAAUGCUUGCUGCUUCAAGUACAGCUGCAGCUCCAAGCACAACAAACACAACUGUUGCUCCAUCCGGCACAACAACAAAUCCAAAAAACACAUCUGAUUCAACAAGCACAACUGUUACUGCAACAGGCCAAACCUUUGGUCAAACAUCAACAACUCUCACUUUAACAGCUACAGCUACAGCACCAAGCAAAACAACACUUUCAACAAACACAACUGUUGCUUCAUCCAGCAGAACUGUCUCUGCAACAGGUGCAACCUUUGGUCAAGCAUCAACAAUGAUCGCUGCUUCAAGUACACCUGCAGCUCCAAACACAACAAACACAAAUGUUUCUCCAUCUGGCACAACAACAAAUGCAAAGAACACAUCUGAUUUAACAAGCACAACUGUUACUGCAACAGGCCAAACCUUUGGUCAAAUACCAACAACUCUCACUUUAACAGCUACAGCACCAAGCAAAACAACACUUUCAACAAACACAACUGUUGCCCCAUCCAGCACAACUGUCUCUGCAACAGGCCCAACAUUUGGUCAAACAACAACAAUGAUCGCUGCUUCAAGUAAAGCUGCAGCUCCAAGCACAACAAACACAACUGUUGCUCCAUCCGGCAAAACAACAAUUCAAAAAAAUAUAUCUGAUUCAACCAGCACAACUGUCUCUAUAACAAGCAGAACCUUUGGGGAAACAUCAGCAACUCUCACUACAUCAACUACAGCACCAACCACAACAAAUACAACUGUUGCUUCAACAAGCAAAAAUGUAUUUGCAACAAGCACAACCUUUGAUCAAACAUCAACAAUUCUCCCUUCAUCAACUACAACCUCAGGUUUAAGCACAACAACUCUCCCAACAAACACAUCUGUUGCUCCAGCCAGCACAUCUUUCUCUGCAACAGACACAACCUUUGGUCAAACAUCAUCAGUCCUUGCUUCUUCAAGUACAGCUGCAGCUCAAAGCACAACAAACACCACUGUUGUUCCAGCCAACACAACUGCUUCUGCAACAGGCACAACUUUUGCUGAAACAUCAACAAUUCCUACUUCAUCAUCUACAGCUACAACACCAACCACAACUGUUGCUUCAACCAGCACAAAUGUCUCUGCAACAAGCACAACCUUUGGUGAAACAUCAACAAUUCUCCAUUCAUCAACUACAGCUGAAGCCCCAAACACAACAACACUCCCAACAAACACAACUGUUGCUUCAGCCAGCACAUCUGUCUCUGCAACAGGCACAACCUUUGGUCAAACAUCAUCAAUUCUCGCUGCUUCAAGUACAGCUUCAACAUCAACCACAACAAACACAGCUGUUGCUCCAACAAGCACAACAACAAAUCCAAAAAAUACAUCUGAUUCAAUAAGCACAACUUUCUCAACAACAGGCACAACUUUUAGUGAAACAUCAACAAAUACCACUUUAACAGCUACAGCUACAGAACCAAACACAACAACACUUCCAACAAAGACAACUGUUGCUCCAUCCAGCACAACUGUCUCUGCAACAGGCGCUACCUUUGGUCAAGUAUCAACAACUCUCGUUUCAUCAAUUACAGCUACAGCGCCAACCACAACAAACACAACUGUUACUCCAACAAGCACAACAACCAAUGCAAAAAACACAUCUGAUUCAACAAGCACAACUCUCUCAGCAACAGGCCCUACCUUUGGUCAAACAUCAACAAUUCCUGCUUCCUCAAUUACAGCUGCAGCUCAAAGCACAACAAACACAACUUUUGUUCUAGCCAACACAACUGCUUCUGCAAAAGGCACAACUUAUGGUGAAACAUCAACAAUUCUUACUUCAUCAUCUACAGCUACAGCACCAACCACAACAACACUUCUAACUGAACAAAGUGUUGCUUCCACAACUACAACUAUGGUGUUCACAUCCAGAACACCUAUUGAAACUGGUUCAGCAGAAGUGACAAGUAAACUGCUGUUUAACUCUUCAUCUCCAGUCCCCAGUGAAGCACUCGUGCUUAGUGCUAUCAACAUUCUCCUGGAAUCCAGAGUUUCACAAUUCAACAAAUUAGUCAAGCUGGUGAAUGUCAGUUAUGAGAAAAUCUCGGACACCUCCUAUGCAGUCUUCUUUACAUUUACCUUGAGUAACAUCAGCAUGCCAGAAGACCCAGAGCUUAGAAACAACACUAACAAGCAAGUUCAGGACAUGAUCAAUGAUGCGCUGAACACUCUUCUCAAUGAUGCAAACAGUGUGAAGUUUGAACCCAACUCAUCCAACUUCACAAGCACAUCAGAUCAAAUCUUUGGCUAUAUGGAUUACACCUUCCAAGAUGGAGAUGAGAUACAACCUGUCAGCUUUCUAAAUGAGCUUCGUAAACUGAUGGGUCUGAGCACUACAACAACGUCUCCACUGUCAACAAGUAGCUUCCCUGUGACGUCUUUCCAGCAAAUAUCUGGAUCAGCAGAGGUGACCAGCAAACUGGUGUUCAACUCCUCAUCUCCGGUCCCCAGUGAAGCUUUGGUGCUCAGUGCUAUCAACAUUCUUCUAGAAUCCAGAGUUUCACUACUGAAAGAAACAGUCAAGCUGGUGAAUGUCAGCUAUGAAAAAAUCUCUGACACCUCCUAUGCAGUCUUCUUUACAUUUACCUUGAGUAACGUCAGCAUGCCAGAAGACCCAGAGCUUAGAAACAAAACUUACAAGCAAGUUCAGGACAUGAUCAAUGAUGCGCUGAACACUCUUCUCAAUGAUCCAAACAGUGUGAAAUUUGAACCCAACUCAUCCAACUUCACAAGCACAACAGAUCAAAUCUUUGGCAAUAUGGAUUACACCUUCCAAGAUGGAGAUGAGAUACAACCUGUCAGCUUUCUCAAUGAGCUUCGUAAACUGAUGGGUCUGAGCACUACAACAACGUCUCCACUGUCAACAAGUAGCUUCCCUGUGACGUCUUUCCAGCAAAUAUCUGGAUCAGCAGAGGUGACCAGCAAACUGGUGUUCAACUCCUUAUCUCCAGUCCCUAGUGAAGCUUUGGUGCUCAGCGCUAUUAACAUUCUUCUAGAAUCCAGAGUUUCACAACUGAAAGAAACAGUCAAGCUGGUGAAUGUCAGCUAUGAAAAAAUCUCGGACACCUCCUAUGCAGUCUUCUUUACAUUUACCUUGAGUAACAUCAGCAUGCCAGAAGACCCAGAGCUUAAAAACAACACUUACAAGCAAGUGCAGGACAUGAUCAAUGAGGCGCUGAACACUCUUCUGAAUGAUCCAAACAGUGUGAAGUUUAACCCCAGCUCCUCCAACUUCAUGAGCACAUCAGAUCAAAUCUUUGGCAAUAUGGAGUACACCUUCCAAGAUGGAGAUGAGAUACAACCUGUCAGCUUCCUCAAUGAGCUUCGACUGAGCACUACAACAACGACUCCACUGUCAACAAGUAGCUUCCCUGUGACUUGUGCCAUUUCUAGAUCUGGAUCAGCAGAGGUGACAAGCAAACUGGUGUUCAACUCCUCAUCUCCAGUCCCCAGUGAAGCUUUGGUGCUCAGUGCUAUCAACAUUCUCCUGGAAUCCAGAGUUUUAGAACUGAAAGAAACAGUCAAGCUGAUGAAUGUCAGCUAUGAAAAAAUCUCGGACACCUCCUAUGCAGUCUUCUUUACAUUUACCUUGAGUAACAUCAGCAUGCCAGAAGACCCAGAGCUUAAAAACAACACUUACAAGCAAGUGCAGGACAUGAUCAAUGAGGCGCUGAACACUCUUCUGAAUGAUCCAAACAGUGUGAAGUUUUACCCCAGCUCCUCCAACUUCACGAGCACAUCAGAUCAAAUAAACGGCAAUAUGGACUACACCUUCCAAGAUGGAGAUGAGAUACAACCAGUCAGCUUCCUCAAUGAGCUUCGUAAACUGAUGGGUCUGACCACUACAACGUUGUCUCCACUCUCGACAAGCAGCUUCCCUGUGACGUCUUUCCAGCAAAUAUCCGGUUCAGCAGAGGUGACAAGCAAACUGGUGUUCAACUCCUCAUCUCCAGUCCCCAGUGAAGCUUUGGUGCUCAGUGCUAUCAACAUUCUCCUGGAAUCCAGAGUUUCACAACUGAAAGAAACAGUCAAGCUGGUCAAUGUCAGUUAUGAAAAAAUCUCUGACACCUCCUAUGCAGUCUUCUUUACAUUUACCUUGAGUAACAUCAGCAUGCCAGAAGACCCAGAGCUUAGAAACAACACUUACAAGCAAGUGCAGGACAUGAUCAAUGAGGCGCUGAACACUCUUCUCAAUGAUCCAAACAGUGUGAAGUUUGAACCCAGCUCCUCCAACUUCACGAGCACAUCAGAUCAAAUAAACGGCAAUAUGGACUACAUCUUCCAAGAUGGAGAUGAGAUACAACCAGUCAGCUUCCUCAAUGAGCUUCGUAAACUGAUGGGUCUGACCACUACAACGUUGUCUCCACUCUCGACAAGCAGCUUCCCUGUGACAUCUGGUUCAGCAGAGGUGACAAGCAAACUGGUGUUCAACUCCUCAUCUCCAGUCCCCAGUGAAGCUUUGGUGCUCAGUGCUAUCAACAUUCUUCUGGAAUCCAGAGUUUCACAACUGAAAGAAACAGUCAAGCUGGUCAAUGUCAGUUAUGAAAAAAUCUCAGACACCUCCUAUGCAGUCUUCUUUACGUUUACGUUGAGUAACAUCAGCAUGCCAGAAGAACCAGAGCUUAGAAACAACACUUACAAACAAGUACAGGACAUGAUCAAUGAGGCGCUGAACACUCUUCUGAAUGAUCCAAACAGUGUGAAGUUUAACCCCAGCUCCUCCAACUUCACGAGCACAUCAGAUCAAAUAAACGGCAAUGUGGACUACACCUUCCAAGAUGGAGAUGAGAUACAACCAGUCAGCUUCCUCAAUGAGCUUCGUAAACUAAUGGGUCUGACCACUACAACGUUGUCUCCACUUUCAACAAGCAGUUUCCCUGUGACGUCUUUCCAGCAAAUAUCUGGUUCAGCAGAGGUAACAAGCAAACUGGUGUUCAACUCCUCAUCUCCAGUCCCCAGUGAAGCUUUGGUGCUCAGUGCUAUCAACAUUCUCCUGGAAUCCAGAGUUUCACAACUGAAAGAAACAGUCAAGCUGGUGAAUGUCAGCUAUGAAAAAAUCUCAGACACUUCCUAUGCAGUCUUCUUUACGUUUACCUUGAGUAACAUCAGCAUGCCAGAAGAACCAGAGCUUAGAAACAACACUUACCAGCAAGUACAGGACAUGAUCAAUGAGGCGCUGAACACUCUUCUGAAUGAUCCAAACAGUGUGACGUUUAACCCCAGCUCCUCCAACUUUACGAGCACAUCAGAUCAAAUAAACGGCAAUAUGGAUUACAUCUUUCAAGAUGGAGCUGAGAUACAACCUGUCAGCUUCCUCAAUGAGCUUCGUAAACUGAUGGGUCUGACCACUACAACGUUGUCUCCACUCUCAACAAACAGCGUCCCUGUGACUUCUUUCCAGCAAAUAUCUGGUUCAGCAGAGGUAACAAGCAAACUGGUGUUCAACUCCUCAUCUCCAGUCCCCAGUGAAGCUUUGGUGCUCAGUGCUAUCAACAUUCUCCUGGAAUCCAGAGUUUCACAACUGAAAGAAACAGUCAAGCUGGUGAAUGUCAGCUAUGAAAAAAUCUCAGACACCUCCUAUGCAGUCUUCUUCACAUUUACCUUGAGUAACAUCAGCAUGCCAGAAGACCCAGAGUUUAGAAACAACACUUACCAGCAAGUACAGGACAUGAUCAAUGAGGCGCUGAACACUCUUCUGAAUGAUCCAAACAGUGUGAAGUUUAACCUCAGCUCCACCAACUUCACGAGCACAUCAGACCAAAUACAUGGCAAUAUGGAUUACACCUUCCAAGAUGGAGAUGAGAUACAACCUGUUAGCUUCCUCAAUGAGCUUCGUAAACUGAUGGGUCUGAGCACUACAACAACAUCUCAGCUUUCAACAAUUAGCUUCCCUGUGACUUCUUUCCAGCAAAUAUCUGGUUCAGCAGAGGUGACAAGCAAACUGGUGUUCAACUCCUCAUCUCCAGUCCCCAGUGAAGCUUUGGUGCUCAGUGCUAUCAACAUUCUCCUGGAAUCCAGAGUUUCACAACUGAAAGAAACAGUCAAGCUGAUGAAUGUCAGCUAUGAAAAAAUCUCAGACACCUCCUAUGCAGUCUUCUUCACAUUUACCUUGAGUAACAUCAGCAUGCCAGAAGACCCAGAGCUUAGAAACAACACUUACCAGCAAGUGCAGGACAUGAUCAAUGAGGCGCUGAACACUCUUCUGAAUGAUCCAAACAGUGUGAAGUUUAACCCCAGCUCCUCCAACUUCACGAGCACAUCAGACCAAAUACAUGGCAAAAUGGAUUACAUCUUCCAAGAAGAAAAUAAGAUACAACCUGUCAGCUUCCUAAAUGAGCUCAAUAAACUCAAGGGAGUGAGUUCUACAAUGUCUCCACUUACAACCAUUAGCUUCCCUGUGACGUCAUUUCAGCAAAUAUCUGGAUCAGCAGAAGUGACAAGCAAACUGGUGUUCAACUCCUCAUCUCCAGUCCCCAGUGAAGCUUUGGUGCUCAGUGCUAUCAACAUUCUUCUUGAAUCCAGAGUUUCACAACUGAAAGAAACAGUCAAGCUGAUGAAUGUCAGCUAUGAAAAAAUCUCAGACACCUCCUAUGCAGUCUUCUUCACAUUUGCGUUGAGUAACAUCAGCAUGCCAGAAGACCCAGAGCUUAGAAACAACACCUACAAGCAAGUGCAGGACAUGAUCAACGAUGCACUGAACACUCUUCUGAAUGAUCCAAACAGUGUGAAAUUUGAACCUAGCUCAUCCAACUUCACGAGCACCUCAGACCAAAUCUUUGGCAAUAUGGAUUACACCUUCCAAGAUGGAGCUGUGAUACAACCUGUCAGCUUCCUCAAUGAGCUUCAUAAACUGAUGGGACUGAGCACUACAACGUCUCCGCUUCCAAGUAGCUUCCCUGUGACGUCCUUCCAGCAAAUAUCUGGUUCAGCAGAGGUGACAAGCAAACUGGUGUUCAACUCCUCAUCUCCAGUCCCCAGUGAAGCUUUGGUGCUCAGUGCUAUCAACAUUCUCCUGGAAUCCAGAGUUUCAGAACUGAAAGAAACAGUCAAGCUGAUGAAUGUCAGUUAUGAAAAAAUCUCAGACACCACCUAUGCAGUCUUCUUUACAUUUACCUUGAGUAACAUCAGCAUGCCAGAAGACCCAGAGCUUAGAAACAACACUUACCAGCAAGUGCAGGACAUGAUCAACGAUGCGCUGAACACUCUUCUGAAUGAUCCAAACAGUGUGAAGUUUAACCCCAGCUCCUCCAACUUCAUUAGCACAUCAGACCAAAUCCAUGGCAAUAUGGAUUACAUUUUCCAAGAUGGAGAUGACAUACAACCUGUCAGUUUCUUAAACGAGCUUCGUUUGCAAAACAGCCUAACAACUCCUCCUGCCAGCAAUUCUCAGACCACUACUGAUGCAACAAUUCUUGGGACGGCUGUUAUUAGCAUUCGGCUUGUGUUUGAAACGUUGGGCCUAAUGCCAAAUGAAAGUAAAAUUAUGGAGUUGGUUUCUAUACUGAAUGCAAAUCUCACAACUAAACAAGAUGACAGAGCAACACAGUUUGGUGAACCUGUGAGCAACGUGAAUGUCUCAUUUGACAGUAUUUCUAAUCAUUCAUAUGCCCUCAACUUUGGAUAUGUGAUCAGCAAUGUAUGGAUGUCAGAAAAAUUUGAAAACAGGAACAGCACCAACAAACUCAUCCAAGACAAAAUAAAUAAACUGCUAAACGAGAUCCUAAAUGAUCCCUCAGCCAAUCCAGUCCAGUUUAAUGAGACCAUAUUCUCGAAUAAUUUCGCUGAGAUCAUGGCUUUUGUGGAAUACAAUAUUUCACAAAAAAAUGACAUCCAGUCACCCAGUAAAUUUCUCCAGGCAAUUCUUAAGGAAAAUAGCUUGACAACUCCAACUGUACUUGGAAGAGCAAUUAUUUACAUCCGGCUUGUUUUUAUAACGAGAGGCACCAUACCAAGCGAGAGCGCUGUUCUACAAGUAGCCAACAACCUGCUGGACAAACGUCUAAGAAGCAAACGAGACCUGACAGAACAAAAACUCAGUGAUCCUGUGAGCUUUGUGAAUGUCACCUAUACAAAAAUUUCUGAUAACUCGUAUGCCCUCAAUUUUGGAUUUGAAAUCAGCAAUGUCACCAUGUCUGAGAAUCUUGUACUCAGGGACGACACAUACACAAUAAUCCAAUCUUCAAUAAAUAAAUUGCUGAACGAGAUCCUAAAUGACCCAAAUGCCAGUCCAUUUGAGUUCAAAAAGGCCAAUUUUACGGGUAAUACCACUGUGAUUAAGGCCGAUGUCGAGUACAUUUUCUCAGAAGAUGACUUCAAGUCACCCAGUCUUUUUCUCAAGGCACUUAUCACUGUUAAUAUUGAAGCCAGUAACCCAACUGCUACAACCACAUUUCCCUCUGUGGUGAACACUACUGGGCCAAACAACAGCACUAGUGCAGCGUGGGUUGUGGCUAUAAUUGUUCCUUGUGCUAUAGCCAUCCUGCUUGUACCUUGCUGGAUUCUCCUUUGUUGUCUGCUUUGUGGUUGCUGUGCACGAAUAAGACGACGUUGGCACAGAAGACAGUCAUACAAUGUACAGUACACGACUCGACACAGCAUCUUCUAGUGAACUUGAGAGGCAACAAAGAAAAAUUGUACAGGAAAAGUGAUCUUUUUGCAACUGUAACGCACAACUAUUCUUUGAAAUCACUUAUUCUUAUGUUAUUUAUUACAGAGCAAUGAUUAUUGUUAAUAUUGUUAUUUAAAUUAUGUAAUGAAUAUGUUAACUUUGAGCUUUUAUUAUGCACUAUUUAUUUUCUUCCUGUUUUGCUGGACAGACAGGAGCUACACAAAAUUUUACUGAAUGUAAUUUUCCCCAAGCUGUAUUAUCUAAUGAAAUUAAAUUAUUUAUUUAAUACUUGUGUCAUUUUUAAAAUAUUUCAUGUAGAUUUUUUUCUCUAUAUAAUUAAUUGAUUUGAUGUCACAUAUUUCGUUUUUGUGAAAAAAAUACAUUUUAUUUAUUUACACUUUA